AUGGGUCUAAAGCGACGUCGUAUUGCACAUACACAGCUGAACACAGUGUCAAGUCGUUCACACAGUGUCCUUUCAGUGCGUCUCAUACAAUUUCAAAAUGAUAUUCUACCAACAUCACUCGCAAAAGAUGAUUUAACUCUCAGUACAAUCCAUUCGGUUGAUCUGGCUGGUAGUGAACGUGUUAAUCGAGCGAAGACAGUUGGUGAACGAGUGAAAGAAGCAGGCAACAUCAAUUCAUCACUGAUGGUUCUUCGACAAUGUUUUGAAACUUCGAGAAAAUCAAUCACAAGCAACCAGCAAGAUGGUUCCAUAUCGGGAAUCGAAGUUGACAUCGCUCUUCGAAAAGUUACUUUGAUGGUGAAGGUGAUAUUAGAAUUACCUUUUGUGUCAAUUCAUCUGUGGAUUGAUAUGAACAAAAUCCAACAUCAAGUGAAAUAUGGAGAAUCAGUUCCCCAUAGUAACUUUUUCGUUGCUAUAAUCUAG